UGUUGCAUGUAGUUUGGAAGAAAGAACCAUUAACUUUGUAAAUACGUUUAUUUAUAUACAUGACAAAUUAGUACUCAUUUCAAUUGUUAAUUUUAUUUUCGCUUACAAAAAGUGGAAUGAACUCUGAAUAGUUACAUGCAUGUGGAUUUAAUUUCAUAAUAACUUGUUGACGUGAAGGAAAGGUUGCGAACAAAGGGGACAAAAGGAAAAUGUCAAGCGAAAUGUCAAAUUCUACGGAAGGACGAAGGCUGGGAUUCAUAGUACACGCAACGACAACGACGAUGUGAUCCGUGUCGACCAAGCAAUCCAUUGUAACCUUUUUCCAUACACAAAUUACUUUCGAGGACUAAUCGAAUGGCCAGUUGGCUUCGAGCAUCUUCUUUGUUACUGCGGCCAGAUUUUACUCGUCUGUUCAAAAUAUCAGCAGCAUCAGAUUAUUAAAACUAAACUACGUAACAGCCUGACCAGAAUCAGUAUUCAUUUUCUGCCUAGUCUUGGUUCGACACACACUUUGCAGCCAUUGUCAACUAUCCGGCCUACUCUCUCUGUAACAACUUAUCGGACCAGUUCUUCUAUUUAUCUAUCAAUGAUUUACAUUGUGUACACUUGAAGACAAUUUUUUCAUCCGUCGUCGUCGUCUCUUUUUAAUGUUAAAUAUUGUACAAAAGAAAGGACAAACAACACAAGAAAAAAGAAACAUUAUGGAGACUGAAGAAGAUUUUCACGAAGACAUGGUGAUAAUUAGUAACAGUCUCUCUUCUUCCAAGAAAGAUAGUCCCGAAUCAUCCUCCCUCUCGCCUUCCCCACCCCCACUACUAGGAUCCAGACCGAGACGAAUUGACUCUCUUGGGGACAUAAACAUCUCCUUGAGUAACCACAAAGUCAUUGAAAAUAAUCAUAAGUUUGCAAUCAGCAGUAUUCAAAAUUCGCCAAGGGUGAUGAGGGCCGCAGUUAUCACGUAUGACAGGCCGUAUGAAAACAGAAAGUCUUCUGAAGACCUUUUAGCUAUUCGGAGUAGUCUUGGAGGAGCUGCUUCCAGAUCGCUGGACCCAAAUACAUGGGCUCAGGUUGCAAUUCCAAUUGAUUUGGAACCAUUCCUUCAUCCAGAAAAGUUGUUCGUUUAUCCUGUCGUGGACUCUCCAAAGAAACGCUCUGUAGACUUUUUGCUGGACAUUCCCAGGAUUUUGCAUAAUCUAGAACACCAUACGCAGUCGUCGGACUGGGAUUGUGGCAUUUCUUGUGUGGCGAUGUGUCUAGGCAAGGAACAAAGGCACCAUUUCCUGUCACAUCUAAAGUGGUUUUCGUGCAAUCCAGAAACAGGCUUUGAAAAAAGCACAUGGACAAUCGAUUUAGCUUACAUAUUGUCCUAUUACGGAGUAAAGCAUGAAAUGUUCACAAUGUGCAUGGGAGUCAACCCAGAUUUGAAGAACGAACAGUUUUACAAAGGUGCUAUUGAUAAGGAUAAGUCAAGAGUGGUAAAUCUUUUUCGAAAUCCUGAAAAGUAUGGAAUCAAGGUCACACAACGAUCAUUAGCCAUCGAAGACAUUUUCUACUACCUUGCUAGGAGUGGACCAGUAAUCGCCCUUGUCAACGCGAAUCUGCUUAACUGUCUAUCUUGCAGAUGGAACUUUUUUAUCGUGUGUCGAUACUUGUGCUGUGAUCAGUAUCAAGGCCACUUCAUUGUCUUGGUGGGGUACAGCGUGGAAAAGAAAGUGGUGUACUACCGCAACCCCAGUUUAAGCGAUCGAAUCUGUCAAAUAUCAGUUUCGGAUUUUGAGGAAGCCAGAAUGUCCUUUGGAACUGAUGAAGACUUGAUCGCAAUUCGUCUAAAGUCUUAACAAUGUACAACAUAGAUUUCGGAAUUUAAUAGAUUCCCAAUGCAAAUUUCUAUGUUCAACAUCCUUCCAAUCUUGGUGGCUAUCUUUAACCCUCCAUUGUAUGACGAUACAUUAAUUAAUGUAUGUACGUAAUACCUAAAUUUCCAUGUAGACCUGCUUGAAAACUCUUCCUUGCUGAAAGGUUCAAAUCGUACCAACUGAAUGAAUUUGAUGAGUUAAUGAUGAUCGCAUGAAUAAGUAUAUCUACAUAUAUACAAGUAUAUACAUACAUAUUACUCUAUAUAUUCUACGAAUUAGUCCCACAAUUAAUUCUUCAACUAUUCCUUCCAUUACGACCCUCUUUUCCCAAUAAAUUUAUGCAAAUCCCGUGUCGCGAGUGUCUAAACCAAAACAUUGUUGAUUGUUAAAUAGCGUAAAAUUGUUAAAGCUGUACUGCCUGUACCUAUUUUCUAAACCUGGUGUGCAAAUAGAUUAGACCAAUUGUAUUGAGUAUUUUUAUUUCCAUUAUGCUGGAGAUAGUUGAUAAUCGACCUCAGUGUUAUAUUUAAUUGUGAUUUAUUCUGUGUGGCAUUUUGAACAACCUCAGAACUGAUAUUUAAACGACUAUAUUAAUAUUUAUUUAUUUGAUAUUCCUUUUACUCGAGACACAUACAAUAGAUAGAUGAAGACUCCUAAAACCCUGUGAUUUUAAAAUUUGUUGAUGUUUACUUUUGUCAAAGUAGUGUUACAACCAGACAGUGUAUGUGUUUGCUUGAAAUUAAAUUUGCUUUAUAAUGAGCAAAUUGUGUGAACAAUUGUUUCGUGUUUUUUACGCAAUCGUACAAUAAAGUAGACAUAUAUCCUGAUCUUGA